AUGAUCAUGAGGCUCUUUGCUGUGCUUGCAACAUAUAUCGUUGCGGUACAACCCGUCUCAGCCGCAGCGUCGUAUUUCGGCCGACCCGUCCCAGGAUCUCGCGCCGGAAAGAACUACUCCAACGCCAGCGUGAACUCUAAUGAUCCCCAGAAACGGUACGCAGAAUUCAUAACCUCUGGCGCAACAGCUGAUCACCCCGUCACAGCUUGGCCGUUCCGACUCGGCAUCCAUGACGUGAACAAAGGCUAUCUACGCCGAAUACCAUACUGCUUCGUUGACAAGCGAUCUUACGAGAAGAUCGGUGAGCCAUGCAAGUUUAUCAACGCCAUUGAGAUUUGGAAGGACGGGCUAGGUGGGAAAGCAAGCCGUGAGGACUUCCACAGCCUCGUCAUUAAGGGACCCGAGAAUCCUGAGGACUACUGUUGCACGAAGUACGAAUAUGGGCCGGAAAAUCGACUGCUCGAGGAUGGUGAUCUGCACUGCGAGUGGAACGAGGAGAAGUAUCCCAAAGACGCUCUUGCCAUCCACUGGCUCGACGAUAUUAAGCUGAACGGUCGCGCGGCGCAGGCCCAGCUAGGUUACACGGCGGAGGAACACAACGCAGAGGCAGGACGGCACUGGAUGCAUGUUGGCGACGUUGCCACCGCGGGUAAUAUUGCGCAUGAGCUUGGUCAUGUGCUCGAUGGGCUGCAGACAGACAGGCCUGGGCUUAGUGAACACGAUGCCUUGGACAUGUUAUGCACGGACCGUGAGCUUGCGGUCGAGUAUGGAUCGCCGAGCUCUGAGUAUGUCAAAGGCGAUGGCCUCGAUCCGAAGAAAGAGCCAAUAUUCGAUGGACCGGGCGGCUUCGAUGUCCACUCCAUCAUGAUGUAUCCCUCGAUGGCGAACAGUCACGGAACGGAAAACCAUGCACACCUUGACGACGCUGUUCUGAUCAAGAUUAAGAAAGAUGAAACGGGCAAGAAAGUACCUGCGGAUGAUUGGCGUAUUCUGCCACCAACAAGGAUAACUCAGCAAGAUGCUACGUUUGUGAGGAGGUUUUACGCAUGGGACGAACGGAAGGCGAGAGAGUACCAUGAUACAAAGAGGGAGGAAGAAAUCAGCGAGGGUGAGAGAGCGCGCUAA